AUGGCGUUCCAGCGUCUCUUGCCCCUUGUAGCCCUGCUUUGCUUGUUCGUCGCUCCACCAUCGUCAGCUGUGCCCAGCCUCCACCCUGUGGUGCUGGUGCCGGGCAACACCUGCAGCCAGCUGGAGGCGCGGCUCACCGAUGAGUACGAACCUCCGCCGGCGACGGGCUGCGGGGUCCCAAGGCAAGGGCGCGGCUGGUUCCGGCUGUGGGAGAACUUCACGGAGCUGCAAGAGGACCCCACCCUCUUGAUCAGGAAUGUGUGCAUGGAAGGGCUGGUGGAGGCACUGGAACGCGUGGGAUACAGAGAGGGAGAGAACCUAUUCGGCGCCCCGUACGACUUCCGGCACGCGCCGGCCGCUCCCGGGCUGGCGUCCCGGGCCUUCUCCGGCUUCAGCUCCGGGCUCAGGCUCCUGGUGGAGCGCGCAAGCCAAAGGAACGGGAACAAGCCGGUCGUCCUCGUGACGCACAGUCUGGGCGGCCUCUUCGCCACGGUGUUCCUCGAUCGGACACCCCUGCGGUGGCGCAGGAGGUACGUCAAGCACCUCGUCAUGCUCUGCCUCGGUGCCGGCGGCUCGCCGCUCAACAUGUGGCCCCUCGCCUCCAAGGCGCUGGCCUCCAGCCCCACGUCGCUGCAGGCCGCCGUGCUCACCUACGGGAACCGGAGCUUCGCGAGCAUGUUCUCGCUCAUGCCGUCCCCCAGGGUGUACGGCCGCACUCCCCUGGUGAUCACGCGGGACAGGAACUACUCCGCCCACGACAUGCCGGAGUUCCUCGCGGCGGCAGGCUUCUCCGAGGACGAGGUGGCGCGGUACCGAACGAGGGCGCUUCCGGUGACCCUCAGCCUUCGGGCGCCGCUCGUGCCGAUGACGGCCAUGAAUGGCGUUGGCGUGCCGACCGUGGAUAAGCUGGUGUUCUGGGACGGUAACUUCAGUGGGAGGCCUCAGUUGGUGAAUGGCGAUGGCGAUGGCCAGAUCAACUUGGAGACCGUCUUGGCGUUGCAAAGGUUGGUGGGGGCUGAUCCGGACCAGCCUUACUUCAAGACAAUUUUGAUCCCCAACACGACGCACAAGGGUAUGAUCUCGGAUGAAUCUGCGCUCAAGCGUGUCGUCAGUGAAAUCCUUGGAGCCUCCUCUUGAUAGGGGGCAUUUAUCAUGGCAGCAUACUUUGUUGGUUAUGUGACUUAUGCAUAAUGAAACAUAAAUUGUCAAAGGAAGAAGUCCAUUUUACUUCCUCAAAUUCGUCAUUUUUGCUUUUCAUGUAAAAAUAUUUGACUUCAGAUUUGGCAGGACGAUGUGACAAAGUGA